UUAAAUAAUUAUAAUUAUGAAUAAUAUGAUUUAUCACACGAUUAGAAAAAGGUUGAGGAAAGAUUCGAAAUUUUACACAAACAAUGACAGAUCUUAGAUACAAAGAGACAGAGAGCAGAAUUUUUCAUCUCCAGAUAAUAAUUCAUUUAAUAAUUCAAUUAUUUAAAAGACAAAUAAUUAUAAAUUUCUGAAGCGAUUUAAUAAUUUUUCGUCUAAAUGAUAUAUGAACAUUUAAAUCCAGAAAUCUAGAUUUGUAAACGCACGAAAGAACUCAUCAGAGAGGAUGCUAGUUAACCCAAUCCAAAUCCAUAGUUGUUUGUCAUGGUCCAGGUUGGUCAAUUAAGAAAAAUCAAGCUAUCAUUAAGACACGAGAUUUCUCACUAAAAAACGACCAUGAAAACUCAAAAUGGAUUCGAAUGCAAAUUUAACGAUCAGGCUCGGAUCGAGCAAAUGCUAAGUAGAGGUGUGCAUCUUAAUUAUAGUAAUUGGUUAAUUGUGCCGCGUUAUCUGAUCGAGUUUAACUUGCUCGUGGAGUAGGAAUCGUGCACAUGCUCUUAUCAGAUCUUUGCCCUUAUCAGAUGACACCGGAAUUGCCGGUUUCGCAUAAAAGGACACAGCUGUGCGAGCAUUAAAUCGGGACUACUUUCGUAAUUCGUUACAUUCGAAUAAACUCAUCUUCCGCUGAUUAUAAAUUUAUUAUAACCACGAUGGUGGUCCUCAUUAAGAUCGUAAAAAAUUAUUUACAUCUGCCGCGCGCCGAUGUCGGCGAAUAUCUUUUUUGCUCGACAAGCUCCACCAAUCUGCAACUUUUAUAUAAUCGUAGCUAAUUUUAUUUCAUCGUGUACGCAUCAUUCCUCCGUCUAUAUCCUUGCAAAUGAGUCACAAAAGGACACAUGCGAAAUGUACUAAAAAACAACACGUUCUUGCAUGUUUCUCUUUAUUUGAUUCUUUGAAACGACAGUGUCAUUUGAGUGAAACAUAUUCGUAGCACACAUUUAAUACACAUAAUUACAGGCUUCGUUAAUUGCUCAUCGAACUCUUAUCGUUUAAUUAAUUGCAACAAAUUUAAGGCGAAAUAAAUAACUCGCUAUUAAAAUCACACCACGAUUCCAGCAUAUUUUUUUUCUAUAAAAAACGCUCGUUCACUCUUUUUUAAUGCAACAGUUGUUGCUCAGUGGCGGUUUACGAUAAUUGAACGAUGAUUAUUCAUUGAAUCGACGCUGAUGAGCGGUCUCGAGUUGCAAAGGAACGGCCACAUAAAAACAGUCCAGUACUCCUCUCUACAGAAGAGAAGAGCUGUGAAACAGUUUUUGCGUCUCGAUUUCACUGGUCGUGAUACAAGGAGGAGGUUCCCAUGCACAUUAAUUUUGCAUCAUCGUGAACGAGAGAAAGUACGAGCUCUAAAAUAUUCCUGCAGCACGUUAUAUCGUAUUGCGCGCUUAUGUCUCAUAAAUAAUUUUAGCUCUCCUUCCUUCCUGCCUCUUUUAGUUCUUUAUCCCUUUCUUCUAUCUUGUUCUCAAAUCCGUAUCAUAAAAACAAGCAAUCAGCGUUAAACGAUGCAGCAUUCAUUGAGAUUUAACUGGCCUCUGCCCUUUAUUAAAGCUCUUCUGAUUAACAUGGUCGUCAAUUUCGUAAUAGAAACAUCGACUAUGAUUAGAUAAUUUACAUGUAUUAAAUCGAGAAUCUGAGUCGACUGAAGGUAAUCCUCAGACACUAUCUAAUUCUUUCAUAAACGAACUUUCAUAAUCCUCCUAUCAAUUAAGUUUUUAGUCAAUUAAUUUUUGUCAAUUAGCUUUUUGUUACUAAUUUUAUACAAACUGCGCUUGUUACUAAAGAGCUAUUGGAUUGUUUUUUAAUUUUAUUUAUAUGAUAACGAAUUAACGACCACACAUCAUUGAUUAAUAUUCAAUUCGCAUAAUCGCUGCAUAAGUUAGCGCGCAAAUUUCGACUUAUCUUAGGUUUCGCUAAUCAAGCGACGCGGUAGCGUCGCGACGCCAAGUACAUAAAAAUCAAAAAUAAGGUUCCGAACAAUGAGAAUCACUGCAUAAACAUCGAGCGUUACCAAGUUCAGUGCAUAUACGUCGAGCGCUACCGCAUCUUGCGUUUUCAACAUUCUUACACUUGUUGACCGUUGCACGUUACACAAAACACAUAUUCGCUUUCUUACCUGUACGUACACAUUUUACACUCGAUAGUCUUUUCGCUAUAGGGUACUAGCAACUAACAAUAAUAACAAUUUAUAAUAAUAAUUUAAAUAAAAUAAUAAUUAAAAUAAUAGACACAAUGAAGUGCUUUACUAUGAAGUGCACCCAAAUCAAACAUAAACAAUUUUGUCGCCUUUCACUCGUUAUUCUAGUUACUGCACCAACUCGAAUCGCGACUGAGAUCGCUUCUCGAGUGCAAAGGUUUAAAUGUGUAAUCAAAACUUCUAAUGUGUAACCCUAUUCAUGUCUCGCGUCGGAAUGAAAGUCGCGAAAAUUCGUCUUUACACUAACGUUCACAUAUCCAGGUACAUAAGAAGUUAUCGAUUUGUAGAAUAGAAAACCAUACGCGCAUUAUGUUAGCAAUUUCGGUAAUUGACGAUAUUACCUCGAUGCAUUAUUACAAUGUACUUUUAUAUUAAUAUUACUUUAAAUUACUAAAUUACAAAAUUAGAGGAAAAGAAAAGGCAGAAAAAAAACUAUUUUAUUCAGCUAUUUGUACCUUACUUGUUAAUGCCUCAUAAUUUAUUCAAUGCUUCGUAAUUUAGUCUAUAGCAGUACCACUGUUGUACAAGUAUCUUUGCUGCAAAGUUUAGAAUCAGUAGUAUGUAUAUCAUGCAUUUAAUAUCGAUAUGUAGAAAGAAAAGUAUGUGUCGGCUUGUGGCCUUAUGGCACUUCAUCCUUAAAGAAGAUACAAAUUAUAUUUUUUGAAGCAAUAUUUAUAUCGUUCUUAUUAUGUCAGGUACGAAUCAAUUUCUCAUUUACUGCAUUUUAUUAUAUAUACGAAAAUUUCCAAAUAUCUUCAGUGAGUGUUAAUAACCAUUUCUAAUACAGAAAAAUGUACAUAACAUAAUAGAAACAUAUUUCAGAUAAAUUAAUACAUUUUUCAAUAAUUAUGCACAUAAUUUCGAGAAUAUGGGUUCAAUCUAGUUGACAUAUUGUUAAAAUCAUGCGACUAAGUUAAUGUCCGAUAUAUUUUAAUCAUUGUUAUUUCUUAAAGAGCUAUUUUUAGAUAAAGGUUUUUGUACGGAAUAUCAAAAGUUUUAAUAAUGUACAUACAUAUAUAUAUUUGUAUGUGAAAGGGAAUCGACAAUAGUCUGUUAAAAACUGCUUCAGAUCAUAAUUUUAACAAUAUUUUCUUAUCUUAAACAACAUCUCAACGUAUUUCUCGUGAAAAACUGCAGUAUUGCAAAAGUUAUGAAAAUACUCAUGUUCGUUAUUAUUAAUUGCAUUUUUAUUAUAAAAUACAAUGCAGGGUUGCUACUUACUGAUAACGUAUGUGUUCGCAUAUUUUCUAAUAUUAAGUAUAUCUUUAAUAGAGUCCGCUACGAUUGGACAAUAUUGAAAAAUCAGGCGGAAUUGGACAUAAUACAAAAGUAUGCAUGCAACGCAAGAUUCCAUACCAUCACUUUUAUGCUCAUAGGUAUUGUUAUUGGCAUGGGCAUAAUCAUACUGUCUUCUAUAUCAUUUAUACUUGAUGCAAUUAUACCACUGAAUGAAUCACGGCCGUUAUGGUUACCGAUUAUAGUAGAAUACUUCGUCGAUCAAGAAAGAUAUUUCUUUGCCAUUUUAAUACAUACUUUCAUGUUCGUUUAUGUUGGCUGUAUAACAAUAGCAGCUAUUGCAACAAUGCUUAUAGCAUAUGUAUUACAUAAUUGUGCCAUAUUUGAAGUUGCCAGCUAUCGAAUAGAGCACAUAUUUGACAAAACAAUAUUACAAAUGUCAAAAGAUAUUCGACAGCAUAUACUAUAUGAGAGAUUAAUUCACGCAGUAUAUCUCCAUCGCAGAGCUGUGGAUUUGGCCAAUAUCUUGACGAACAGUUUUGCGACAUUAUAUUUCAUAUUAUUAACAUUUGGAGUAGCUUCUACGAGUUUCAGCGUUUUUCAUUUCUUCCAUGUGUUGACACCUUUAAACGACGUACUUGAACUAAUAAUGACUAGCAUCUUUAUAAUUUUACAUUUGUAUUAUAUAUAUAUAGGUAAUUAUGUUGGACAAAGUAUCAUAGACACCAGCACAAAUAUUUUUCGAACAACAUUCAAUACGGAAUGGUACACAGCACCACUGUGGUUACAGAAAGUAACAUUAUUUAUUAUGCAGAGAAGUAGCAUUAAGAGUACUUUAACAGCUGGAGGUAUAUUUGAUGCAUCGUUAGAAGGUUUUGCUAAGCUUAUGAGUAUGUCGAUAUCCUAUGUUAUGUUUCUGCGUUCUACGCGAAGUCAACAAGAAAAUACGCAAGAAGAAUUAUAAUUAUGAUUUAUUCGAAUUUGUUUUACAAAUAUAAAACAUAUCCACCAUAUAGUAUAUGUACUCUGUUGUAUACAUAUUAAUAAAAUACAUUUGAACGAAUGAAUAUAUCGGAAAUGUAUUAAUUAUAUCAAUUAACGAAAUCUUUUUAAUAUAAUGUAUAGCCAUUCUUCGACGUAGAUACGUGCAAGUAUACAAUUUUUGUUCUAACAUUCUAGUAGUUAGUAAUGUGCCAAAGAACUGACCGUAUCCUUCCACUCGUGGAAGCUUAAGUUUUUACAUUUAAUUCAUACUUAAUACUAUAUACUAAUAAUAAUAUAUUAUAUAUUGAACGCAAAUAUACUUGAUCAUAAAUUUGGAUAAGAUCAUUAUAUUAUCAUUACUUUAAUGUUAUUAAGAAUAAAGGUAGGUAUUUUUAUAUAAUUGUAUAGAUAUGAUAUAUGAUAGUGACCGUACAAAUUUAAAAACUUCGGUUUAUUCUAGAAGGGACAAUGGGAGCGUACGUGUUGAUCGACUGUUUAAUUAGGACAUUGGAUGCUUUUGCAUCGAUAGCCAUGUUGAACAUAGUUGAAGCCAAACAGCUAAUUAAAUUAAAUAUUAAAUUUAUUCAUUUAGUUAUAUUUCUAAAAUUUGCAUUAUAAGCUUUAACACCAUAUCAGCAUUUUUUUAUAUUUAGAUAGCUAUUCUGACGAUAUCCUAUCUCACUACAAUUUAUUUUGUGCAUUAAAUUCGAAACAAAUGACAAAUCUGACUGUAAAUGAUAAGGCUUUAUUAAUAUGUGUUUAUAAGACAAUUUUUCAUUCACUGCUAUACAAUAAUAUGCAUUUGUGAAAAUAUUCCAACCGAAUAUUUCAUAAUAUUAUUCUAUUUUUUUAUCAUUAACACCUGCCCAUUAUUAGUAUUACAAUAUAUAAUAAUAGUAUUAUUAGUAUAUAGUAUUAUUCUCGUUGGUACAUUUUGUAUCCUUAAACUUUAAUUACUAUUUAAUAUCUAGUUUUCUUUCUAAUAACUAACCACACAUAAUCUCGUAUCUUGCAUUUUCUACAUUCUUACACUUGUUGACCGUUGCACUUUACACAAAAUACAUAUUCGCUUUCUUACCUAUACGUACGCAUUUUAAUCCUUUGCACUCGAUAGUCUUUUGGCGACAGGGUACUAGCAACUCACAAUAAUAUUAAUUUAUAAUAACAAUUUACAAUAAUUAUUUAAAUAAAAUAAUAAUAAAAAUAAUAAACACAAUGCUUUAUUAUGAAGUGCAUCCAAAUCAAACAUAAACAGUUUUGUCGCCUUUCACUCGUCAUUCUUACUGCACCAAACCGAGUCGCGACUGAGAUCGCUUCUCGAGUGCAAAGAGUGAAAUGUGUAAUCUAAACUUAUAAUGUGUAACACUAUUCAUGUCUCGCGUCGGAAUGAAAGUCACGAAAAUUCUUCUUUACACUAUGUUCACAUAUACAGGUACAUAAGAAGUUAUUGAUUUAUAGAAUAGAAAACCAUACCCGCAAUAUAUCAUUAUGUUAGUAAUUUCAGUACUUGUCGAUAUUAUCUCGAUGUAUUAUUACACUUUCUUUUUAUAUUACUUUAAAUUACUAAAUUACAAAA